AUGGAUGCGAAACAACGGGAGGACGGGACGACGGCGCCUUGGUGGCGCGACGGGGAGUACGACGAGACGCGAGCGGAGGAGGCGAACGAUCGAGGGAUGGCGCGGAUGAAGAAGAAAGAGUACGAGAAUGCGUUCGAUGAGUUCACGGAGGCGAUCAGGCUCGAGCCGCGGAAGGCGGUGUAUCACGCGAACCGUUCCGCGGCGGCGCUCAAAUUGGAGCGGUUUCGAGCGGCUGCGGAGGACGCGGCGUGCGCGAUAGAACGCGAUUCACGCUACGUCAAGGCGCUUUUGCGCGGUGCUUCGGCGCAAUUGAAGUUGAGGUGCCCAGAAAAAGCGCUGGAGCUGUUUGAGGCGGUGCUGGAGAUCGAUCCAGAGGACGAGAGCGCU